AUGUACAAGUUCAUCACUCUUUCUCUCGCCACCCUGGCGCUCGGAUCCACGCUGAGCCCGGCCCUUGUCGGCCGCCAGCUCUCCACCUGCGAGUCGCAUACCGGCUACAAGACCUGCGGUAGUCGCUGUAUCCCCACUACCUACUCCUGCUGUGCCGGCCUGAGCGCAGGCUGUCCCCCUGGAGAGUACUGCUCCGGCAAUGGCUGCUGCCCUGUCGGCGAGAUCUGCUCUGGCGGCGGCGGCGUGGACGUCGGCACCUUGACGGAUACCUACACCACCACCAACACGCUCACCAAUGUCCAUACGCACACUGCUACCGCGACUGCUACGGAAAAUGAGGAGAGACCUUCUACCUCGACCGAUACUGAGGCCGAAACCCCAACAUCCAUCUCGUCUCACCCCGUUAUCCCUACCAACACCGCCGUUCCUCCCACCUCGACCCCGACCCCGACCCCGACCCCCAGCGCAACUCCCUCGCCCUCAGCCCCGGGCAAGACUAGCUCCACGGCGUCGCCCUCAUUGCCCCUCUUCACCGGUGCUGCCUCGAACGUGAGAGCUGGAUUUGGCGCGGUUGCUGGCUUGAUCGCAGGAGCUGCUUUGCUUUAG